UCAGCAAAGAGUCUCUUCGCACAGACUGGCUUCCAUCCUGCCGGCAACAAUGUCACAAGCCUCGCCAGACGCGUCGAGGGGUAUGUCCCGAGCUCUAGCAGAGUAUUCCAACAUGCAGGACCCAUACUGAUAUGUUCCAAGAUACUUGAGCACAUAUGGAAUUCCCAUCCAUACCAAGAUCAACGAGAACAACAAAAGAGCCUACGCCAUGACUGCAGGUGCUGCCCAUGCCUUCGUUCAGUCAUGCUACGACAAAUAUGUCAGCACCAGUACUCGUCGCGGCACAAAGAUGACUUCGAUCAGAAUCAACCUUAAAAGAUGUCCAUUCUUGGAGAUCCCAGUCGAAAUCCGCCUGAAGAUCUAUCGUCUGGUGCUCAAGGUCGCUGGCUUCCGUCUAGUUGUUGGCCAGCACGGAUCCAUCGCCUAUGAAGAAAAUAUUCCUGUCUGGGAGUGUCAUACUCAGAUGCCAUUGACUAUGCCUGCAUUGUCAGAGUUUCUGACUCUGCUUUCAGUCAACAAGCAGGUUUAUGGCGAGUCGAUGCCAGAGUUCUAUCACGAGAACCACUUCGGAUUCUCGAACAUGGUCAUCAUGAAGGAAUUUCUUACUCACAUAGGUGCCGAGAGAAGACGCCACAUGCGCAACGUCUCCGUGGGUUACUACAAGCUCUCGGCUGCUGCAGCUGGCGCUAGGCUCCUCACUGAGUCAGACACUAUCCAGAAGCUUACUCUGAUUGUGUCUGGAACUCAGAAUCCCGCUGGUCACUACACUCUCGAUGGCAGUCGUCGUCACUUCAAGACCCUUGGUCAGGUUCCUGGUUUCACUGCCCUCAAGCGUCUUCGUGGUGUUCAACAGCUGACCUUCAACCCGAAGCUUGAACACACCGUUAUCGAGGCUUUCUUGCGUCCUGUCAUCACCCAGCCCAAGCCGAUCAAGAAGAUUAAGGGCAAGGGCCGGAAGACGUCAAAGAAGCACUACUUGAUCAAGAAGGAAAACAGGUGUUACCAAGAGAGGGCCAAUAGUCUUUCAAAGCACUGAGACAUAUGCGUGCAGCAUCCAGGAGUGAUUCGUGGUGGGUUCCUGUGGAGAGGGUUGACCAUUGCGAGCUGGUCUUUACACUGCUCAGGACCAUACGUUCACUAG